AUGCCGGAAUAUCAGCGGGACCAUUCGCACGACGGGGCAGACCCACCAGGCCGGCCGCACGGCCAGAAUCAGAACCAGAACGAGAGGCCGCCGUCUUUUGGCGCGAGUAGGAAUUCCAGUUCGCCGUUGGCUUCGUCGGCUGGCGAUGCCAGUGACGGGAUCAGUGCGCUGCCGUCGUCGAAUUCCCGGCCUCAGCAGCAGCAGCAGACUGGUUCAGAGCCCAUUGCUCGAAGAGCAAGAGGGUAUAGUUUGAGAAGCCAGUUGUUUGCCAAGUCGAUGAUGGCUGCUACGAAAGAUACUCUGUCAUUUUCGAGCAGCAGCCAGCCGAAACCGGUCGAUUCAGGGGUAGGUGCAGGACCCGGUACAUCCCAUUUGGAUGCCGGUAGCAACUCUGAGGACCCUGGAAUGGAACUGACCGAGUCUUUCCACACCGGUAAUAAUCAAAAUAACCCUUUUAGCAUUGGAAAUGCGAAUAACAAUCUCGCCAAUAACAACAACAGCAGUAAUAGAGACGAGAGCUAUGCCGACAGACCGCCAUCAAUAGAGCUUCUCCAGCUUGACGACAACAAUAACAGCAGCAACAAUAACAGUAAUAAUAACAUGUUGCUGCACCCCACAGCAUUUCACCGCCAUGUCCAUUCGACCACCAGUAGCAAUAUCAAUGAUGACAGUGGACUAAUUAAGAAGAAACACGGUAACAACAGCGUCAACGCAUCGAGCUCCGAUCUGCUCCCGAACUACUCAUCAUGGGCUCGUAAUAAAGGCACUCGACGGUUCAACAGAAUGUUCUCGGGUUCACCAACCCUGAAACGAAAAGGUCUGGCAUGGUUCACAUCGGCCAGAGAGUUCGUUCUCAACAAAAAGAAGAUGCCCGAGAGCACUGGCGGCCGAGGCAUCCCCAUCCAAGUCAAACCCCGCAACACGCCGCCUCUAAUCGACGACCGAACAAACAAACCCCACUGCGACAACAACAUCACGUCAUCCAUCUACACCCCCUACAACUUCCUGCCUCGACAGAUCAUCUUCCAGUUCUCUAAACUGGCCAAUGUGUAA